UUUAUAAUACAGACUUUUUCUUGCAAUGGAGUAAUUCUUCAGUAUGGUAUUACUACUUUUACUUAAGUAAGGGAUUUGAAAACAUUUUCCACCACUGACCUGUCGUCUCUGCAGAGUAAAUUUUAACCACAUAGAUGAACAAAUGACCUCAUUUCCUGUUGUGUUCUUCUUAAGGUUAUCAAAUCAUAUAUAGUUUACAGGAUGUCCUCCAUCAGCCCCUUUGUUGCAUCCUGUCUUCUUCAGAAGAUCUCAGAGGGUGUUCUGCUGCCUCCGUGUUUGCAACAAAUAUGGAUCAAAUCCCAACAACCCCAGAAAACUACUGGGGCGACUACGAUGACUAUGACAACAUCACCUGGUCCCCUGAAACAAGCAGGAUUGAUGCGACCCCAUGCUUUCAGGACAACACCUACAGUUUUGCAGAGCGGUAUUACCCUGUAGUCUUCAGUCUGGUGUUCAUUCUGGCUUUAGUGGGCAACGUGCUGGUGCUGUGUGUGAUCCGACGCUACCGAAACUCUCAGAGUGGUGGAGCCUGCGCCUUCUCCCUGACGGACACCUUCCUCCUUCACCUGGCCAUCUCAGACCUCCUGCUGGCCUUCACCCUGCCCCUGUUUGCAGUGCAGUGGGCUCACGAGUGGGUGUUCGGCUUGGCUGUUUGUAAGAUCUCUGGUGCCCUCUUCUCGCUGAACCGCUACAGCGGCAUCCUUUUCCUGGCCUGCAUCAGCUUUGACCGGUACCUGGCCAUCGUUCACGCGGUCAGCUCUGGCUGGAAGCGAAACACCUGCCAUGCCCAGAUUGUGUGUGCCCUCAUCUGGGUGGUCUGCCUUGGCCUGAGUGGAGUGGACAUUUACUUCCAACAAGUAGCACAGAUGACCACUGUGGGCAAUCACAAGGCGCACCUGUGCCAGCCGUGGUUUACUGACAACUCCACCGAGUGGCAGGUGGGGCUGCAGUUGGUCAGUCUCGUUCUGGGUUUUGGCUUCCCCUUGUUGAUCAUGCUCUAUUGCUACAUCCGCAUCUUCAGGUCUCUCUGCAACGCCACUCGCCGACAAAAGCGCAAGUCUCUCCGCCUCAUCAUCUCCUUAGUGUCUGUGUUUGUCAUCUGCUGGGCGCCAUUCAACGGCUUCCAGCUGGCAGAUAGUCUGCACAGGUUAGGCGUGGUGACGGGAAGUUGCCAGUUUGGCCGUGUGGUGGACAUUGGGACUAUGAUUACUGAAGGCUUGGGGCUGUCGCACUGUGCCCUGAAUCCUCUGCUGUAUGGCUUUGUAGGGGUCAAAUUCAGGAAGGAGCUGGCCAGAAUGUGUAAGGGGCUACUGGGACAAAGAGGCUUGCUGGGGAUGGAGGGGUGGAGGCAGAGGAGGCUCAGGAAAUCCACAGGCUCGUUCAGCUCUGCAGAAAGCGAAAACACCUCUUACUCUGUCAUGGUGUGAUACUGAUUUGAGAGCCAGGAAGGGGGAGAUGUGGGGAGAAGAUACGUGUGUGGUUGUGCGUGUGCGUGAGAGAGGCAGGGGGGUUGAGAAAAGAGUAGAAAGUGAAAUCAGAGAAAAAAAGGACUAAAAACAUAUAUUUUCAGCUUAAUUAAGACUUAAUAAAGUUCUCAGGGGGAAAAGGGGCAUACUUCUUCCACUGGUGCUUUGAUAUGUGGUUGUUGGUUUGGUGCAGCUUACAACACAUUUUCUAAUUGUUUUUCUGUUUCUUAAGAAUUCUGUGGUAAAAUGAUUAAGUGAGGGUGGAGCAUAGAGUACGACAAACAGACACACCGGUGAUGUCAUAUCGUUAUUUUAUUUUUUGUGAGAACUUGCUGAAUUUUGUGCCCAUAGUUCAAAUCUUGUGAAACAUCAAAAUUUCUCCAUACUUCUAGAAAAGCUUGUUCAGCAGUUCUUAUCGUGGCCGCUUACGUGGUCAUCUUUGCAAUCAGUAGAUAUUUCUUAUCAGAUUCCACACUCACAGUUUACUGAAAAAAAUGUGCAGAUUAUGAAAUGCAGUGAAAAUGGUGGCCGUGGUUUCGUUGAAAUUCUCAUUUCUCGUUUAUUUUUUCAUGAUCCAUAUCAAGCUGUUCUCUCGACUGUGCUUUGGACCUCUGAAAAAGAGGAAAUGUAUACAGUACAACUAAUUUCGAAUUUUGUAUAUUUCCUCAACACCCAUCCUCUUUGUGAUGUACAAACUUUUUUAU